ACCAGAAAGAGACAUCCAGCCCUUAUACUCUAUGGAAAGAUGUUUCCAGCAGCUUCCAAGAAAGCACUGCGCUUUGCAGAGAUAGCUGCUCUGGGCCUUAUCUGCUCUGUUCUUGUAUUCUUUCUGUAUUUUGAGCCUCUGUCUCCUGUUUGCCCAUCUGUGCCUACGUUAGAUGAUGAGGGAAGUUAUAAAGGUCUGGAUCCAAGUGAAAAGCCUAUAGUCCUGCUGUGGUUCUGGCCUCUUGAUGUGAAGUUUGAUUUCAGAGUUUGCUCUACCUACUUCAACGUUGACAGCUGCGUUCUGACAGAUGACAGAUCCCUCUACAGUGAAGCACAGGGAGUCAUUUUCUUCCACAAAGCCAUAGACUGGUAUUUGCGGAACAUGCCAAAGGCUCCACGUCCUGCUUUCCAGAAGUGGAUCUGGUUCAAUGUGGAAUCCCCCACGAACACGGCGAAGAAACCAGGUCUGGACAACCUGUUCAACUUAACGCUGAGCUACAGGAGAGAUGCUGACAUCACGGUGAGGAAUGAGCUCACUAUCAGGGAAAGGGAAAUGAACGACUUUGUUCUGCCUAAGAAAGACAAACUGGUGUGUUGGAUCGUCAGUAACAACAACCCAGCCACAGGAACAGCUGUGAGAGAAAGAUAUUAUCGUGAACUGUCCAAACACAUUAAGAUCCACGUCUUUGGUGCAGCUUUCGCGGGACAGCAUUUGCGCUUCGAGGACUAUUACUCAACCAUCGCUAGCUGUAAGUUUUACCUCUCAUUUGAGAACUCGAUCCACAGAGACUACAUCACAGAGAAGGUUAACGGGCCCCUUGUAGCAGGGACCGUCCCUGUGGUUUUGGGUCCCCCCAGAGAAAACUACGAGCAGUUCCUUCCCUCUGACGCCUUUAUUCACAUUAAUGACUUCCCUGACGCCAAGUCACUGGCAGAGUUGCUGCUGCUCUUGGACAGAGAGGAUGAGGCGUACAUGCGUUACUUUGAGUGGAGGAAGUUCUACACGGCUACUCCUCACCUCCUGUCAACAAGCAACGAAUUCAUUCACCCCAUCUGCCUCGCCUGCGACCACAUGUCAAGAGACAGGGAUUUCCACGUCGUUCAUGACAUGUAUACGUGGUACUUUUCAUGA